AUGCACAAAUCCNCCGCGGCAAUGCUGAACCGUCCUAUCGCGGAUGAUGUGGACAUCUCGAUUCAUCAACCCAGAGAUCCCAACACAUUGAGUAACUACAAUGUCUGGAGAACCAAGCAUGUGACUGCAGAUCUGGAGCUGGAGUUUGCCAAGAACAGAUGUGUGGGUACCAUCAAGCUUGAGUUGGAGAGACUUGCCAAGGGUCAGGGAAGUGGAAAGGUUGUACUUGAUACCAGCUUCCUCGACAUCCAGGAAGUCAAGCUUGCUGGAAAGAAGGCCAAGUGGAACCUUGGAGAGAGAUUCGAGCCUUAUGGAAGCCCUCUCACCAUUGAAAUCCCUGACGAUCACUCUGGAGAUGCCGAGAUUGAGGUCAUCAUGGCUACCACUGACAAGUGCACUGCUGUUCAAUGGAUGACCCCUGAGCAGACUUCCAACAAGAAGCACCCUUACAUGUUCUCACAAUGCCAGGCCAUCCACGCCCGCUCGCUUUUGCCUUGCCAGGAUACCCCUGAUGUUAAAUCGACCUUCACCUUCAACAUUCGCUCUCCUCUCCCUGUCCUCGCCAGUGGUCUGCCUACUGGAAACAAAGAUUUCCGCCCUAGUGAGCGUGAUGCUCCUGGCACUCUUCUUUACACAUUCGACCAGAAGAUUCCUAUGCCCGUCUACCUUUUCGCUCUCGCAAGUGGAGAUCUUGCUUCUGCUGCCAUUGGUCCUCGCAGUUGCGUUCACACUGGUCCUGAAGAGCUCCUGGCCUCACAGUGGGAGUUUGAGCCUACCGAGAAGUUCAUCCAGGCUGCCGAGAAGAUCGUCUUCCCUUAUGCUUGGACUCAGUACAACGUGCUUGUCCUGCCUCCUAGUUUCCCUUACGGCGGAAUGGAGAACCCCAUCUUCACCUUUGCAACACCCACCCUUGUCUCUGGUGACCGCGAAAACGUUGAUGUUAUUGCACAUGAGCUUGCUCACUCCUGGUCUGGUAACCUGGUCACCAACUGCAGUUGGGAGCACUUCUGGUUGAAUGAGGGCUGGACUGUCUACCUUGAGCGCAGAAUCCAGGCUGCCAUCCACGGCGAACCUCACAGGGACUUUAGUGCCAUCAUCGGCUGGAAGGCUCUGACUGACAGUAUCGAGGGCUACGGCGCCGAGCACGAAUACACGAAAUUGAUCCCCGACCUCAAGGGCAAAGAUCCUGAUGAUGCGUUCUCGAGCAUUCCCUACGAGAAGGGCUUUACCUUCCUCUACUAUCUCGAGAAGCUGAUAGGCAAGGAGAAGUGGGACAAAUUUAUCCCUCACUACUUCACCACUUUCGCCCAAAAGUCUCUCGACUCGUACGAGUUCAAGGCCACUCUUCUCGACUUCUUUGCCAAGGACGAGAAGGCGACCGACAAGCUGAACUCUGUCGAUUGGGAUACUUGGUUUUACAAGCCUGGUUACCCUCCCAAGCCUGACUUCGAUACCAGCAUGGUGGAUGUCUGCUACGACCUCGCCAACAAGUGGGAGUCCUUGAACGGUGGAAAUUCGGACUUUAAGCCCUCGGCCUCUGACAUUUCGUCUUGGUCUGCCAACCAGUCCGUCGUGUUCCUCGAGAAGAUUCAGACCUGGAAGACACCUCUGUCGCCUGCUCUGGUUGAGAAGAUGGGUGAGGUAUACUCUUAUGCCGUCUCGAAGAAUGUGGAAGUGGUCAGUAGAUACAUGAUCGUCGGUCUCAAAGCGAGAUGCCAAAGUGUGUACAUCCCCACCACGGAACUGCUCGGUAGAGUCGGCCGCAUGAAGUUCGUGCGCCCGCUCUACAGAAACUUGAGGGAGUGUGAUGAGAAGCUGGCGCAACAGACCUUCGAGAAGUACAAGGAGUUCUACCAUCCUAUUUGCAAAGACAUGGCUAGCAAGGAUGUCUAUGGAAAGGGUCGUGGUGGUUAG